AUGAUCAUCGUUUCGCCAGUUUGCACGGUUCCCAGACCUGCCAGCAACGUAGGGCCCGAAUUGCACGACAGUCUCGACCACAACCACCCGCCAGCGCAUACCCUGGAAUUGUCGCAACUCGAGCAGUCAAAUCUGCGUGGCUGGUUCCGCGCACUAUUGUUCUUCAAGCAGCCUGCUGGGGUUGAUCCUUCGAAGGCUGCAAACCUCUUCAGGGAUGGUCUGGUGUCAACCGUUCGGGCUAUCCCUUCCGUCGCAUGUGAGAUUGUGCCUUUCGACGAUGGGAGGAAGCCUACUGGCAAGAUCGCUCUCAAGUGCAAUGGUCUCCCGACACUGGUAGUAAAAGACCUUCGUGGAUCUGGUCUGGUUUACGAAGAGUUGCAGAAGCAGAAUUUUCCUCAGUCGAGACUCGAACCCACCGACUUCUGUACCCGUGAGGUCUUUCCGGAGCCGGACGAACAGCAACCUGUUUUUGUCCCGCAGCUAAACAUUAUCGACGGAGGUCUCGUCUUGACUCUCCAUAGUCAUCACUCGGUCUUCAAUGCUCAGGGCAUUAAUGAGGUGCUGCGAUGCGAUUCACUGUCCAUCGAGAAGUUUGGAGCGGCUCAUAACUCAUCUCGCGAGCCCACCGCCGAUAUGGGUCGCCCAGAGCAUCACCCUGAGCUUAUCGUCGCUCCUGAACCCAUCACCUUUGGGGAAACGGCAAUGAGAUGCACGCAUAGAUCUCGGGUCUACCGAGUGUCUCCCGAAGCUUUGGCCCAGCUGAGGGAUGACUGUAACGAAGCCAGAAUCCGGACGUCGACCAACGAUAGGAUUACUGCACUCAUUUGGCGCUCAGUGAUUCGAGCGCAGGUUGACUUCGACCAGCUUCCGAACGAGAACACGUUGUCGCAUGAUAUCGUCAAUGUCGAUCUCAGACUUCGCUCGGAACCACCUCUAGCGAAGGACUACCCCGGCUGUCCUAUGAAUUACGCCCGUGCAGCGAUGAAUCUGGAAGACGUCUUCGACUCGAGCAUUACCCCUCUUGCCUUUGGUGUCAGGGAGGCGGUGAAUAAGAGAACGCAUGAGUACGUAAGAUCGCUUGUCACCCUUCUUGCCAAUGCUCCCAGCUAUCAUAACGUUGUGUCGGAUUCAUUCCGAAAUCUGAUGACUACCCACUGCUUGACGAGCACAUGGUACAAACUCGAUAUGUACGACCUGGACUUUGGCCCUGCGAUUGGUAAGAUCGAAUGUGUUAGGUUUCCCACAGGUGGUCUGUUCAAUGGGCUCAGUAUGAUUUAUUCGCAGCUCACCAGCGGGAAUGGAGUGGGUAUGGAAAUCGCCAUCGGUCUGGAUCAGUGCUGCUUUGAGAAACUGGAGAAAGACCCGAUCUGGUGCAGAUAUACUAAAUCGACAGAUCCCGGGUAUGACUGUAUCUAG